AUGAGCGCUGCCCAGACACUCGAAACUACCGUCGGUUCCAGCCCUUACAGCGUCAUCAUGAAACAAUGGUUCGACGACAGAAAGGACGAGGAGCGUGUUGCGAAAACUCAUUGCACAUUCUGCGGCAAGCAAGGCACCAAUCCUCUCAAGAGCUGUGCGCGGUGCAAAGCGGCGCACUACUGCGACCAGGCCUGCCAGAGAAUGGAUUUCAAGGCUCGCCACAGGGAUGAAUGCGCAAAUUUCAAGCACCUGCCUACAACAACGGCAUUCAUCACAAACCCCGGCUCUUCCGGACAGUUCCCCUUGCAUCCUAUCUUCGCGCAUUCCCACAACGACGGGGUGGGCUGUUGGGUCACGAUCGCAGGGCGUGCUGACUGCGAGUUGCAGUCUUUAAUAGACACUCUUGAUCCCACCGCCCUCAGGGAGCGAUAUAUCCGCAUAAUGUCUGGGCCUAACGCUGCCGCCAACCGCCGGACUAUACAGGCUCAUAAGGCUUGUGCGCGCAGCCUGCUCAGUCUUCGCGUACUCGUGCAGAACCGCCGGAAGGACAAGAUACCUAUCCUGGUGUUCGCCUCGGGAGCGGCUGUUCAAGCCCUAGCAGCCUCGACCGCCGCGGUGGCGCAGGGAGCACCGCAGUGCAAAUGCGACAGCGUCGAGUUGAUAGCGAACCAUGACGCAGUUUUAGGGUAUGUGGGCGUCGCUAAUGACCCGUGGGACCAAGUUCCGCGGCUGGCUGUAUCGCACCUUAACAACGUCGAAAUCACGCCAGAGACGUCUCUACCGGACAACGUCAAGGAUAUCGCCCAGGGCACGAUACUCCUCAAGCCGGGAGACCAUGUUGUCCUCACCGUCCAAUUCCGCAUUGGGAACGGCGACACGAUCUGCAUGGACUGGGAGGCCCUCGCCGCCCUGGAGACGAUGUUCAUCCCUUGGGUGCCAUGGGACGGCAUUUCCUCUCCUGAGCUGCUUCGCACAUUGUUGCCCAACCGGUCCCCCCACCCCACGAACAGCGACUCGCCCGCCCGUGUACUCUGUGCGCUGUUUGAUCAACGUGCAGUUCAGCACCACUUCGCGGACUUUGUUGAACACGGAAAGGAUGCAUAUGUGCGAAGCCACUUUGGCGAGAUGGGUCGGCAACUUUUAGGCGGAGAAGAGUUCGUGGUCAUUGUGGGUCAAAGGAUGCUGAGGAGGAUUGGGUUAGCGGGAAACAUGCGUGCGUUCGUACUUCGGCUUAGGCAGUCCGGUCUGGAACACCUGGUGAACAAGUUUAUGGUAAGGUCCGACGAAUGA